AUCGCUGAGCAAGAUACGGAAAUUGUUAAAACACACUACAGUCCAAGAGGUGUUUUCUUCGUAUAUUUCCAGGGAGAGGCCUCGAUAGAAGUCGACAAGCAUUUUAACCAGACUUUUUCAGGGCUAUGUUAUUUGCCAAGUGAUGCCGCGGAAAAAAGGGUAGAUGGAUCACGUCUGCAAGGUACAUUUUUAAUUGAAUAUUUGUACGAUACAUAUAUUUUUAAUUUCAUUUCUGUACUUGCCUUCCGGGGAGCUAGCUGCAUUAAAACAAGCUUCUCUUCAAGUGAUGAAGGUCGAUCAAAGUUUAUUCGCAAAUUUGCUUUGUAUAUCGUAUAUCUUUCAAUUCUCCAGCGGACGUUGGAGAAAUGAAUGUUUGUUUUGGCUUUUUUAUCUCUCAUCGGUCUAUAUGUCAAAAACUUUUUGUGACGAAUACCGUAUCUCGGUCUCUGGUAGCUUUUUUGAAGCCAACCCUAGACCGAUUUGCAGAGGAGAGUCAAAAUACCUUGAAAACCCAUAUUAUAAACAUCUGUUUCAGUCCUUGUCGUAAAUAAUGUCGAAUGCAGGGUGUGAGUACAUGAAUGCGCGCGUCUUUUACUGAGUAAUCAAACUGGUGUAAAUAUCGUUUCUCACCUUGGGACUUUUGGUCCGUGCUUGCAUGAGUCGAUGUCGUUAUCACUUUAUUCAAGCGUAAACUUCAGGCCCAUAACCAGGAUUUUAUGUGGGGGGGUGCUAACGAGGCCAAAGUGGACCAAACUACCGAAAUGUAUUUUUUAUUGUCUGAUCCGUUUAUUUAGGGAAGUAGCAAUACAUGAGAAAUUGUAACGGCAAAGUACAUGGUAGGAACUGAAUAUUACAUUUGUCGAAUACAACUGUUUGAAUUAAGUUAUAGAGGAGUAAUUUUACGAUGUAAAAUGAUACAUCAAAAUAUUGCGGAACUAAUCCUUCAGAAUAGUCCCGAGCUCCAGCCUCCGUGGGUGUUUGGUGGCAAACAGAUUUACCAUGCCUCAUCCAAAACAAUUUUAGCUUGAUAAUGUACGUGCAUUAGUGCGAGGGACGACAGCCUUUCCUGGCCCAUGCAUGCCCUGUUAUAUGUAUGCAGCCGCCUUAAAGAACUCGCACUUCUUUCACAUUCACAGCUCAUUGCAGGGAUUGUGGCGCAUAUCUUGAGGAACGCAUAUAUAUUUGGAAAGAGAUCAUCAUCGCACUCCUUAAGCGUGCGCACGUUAAUUUCAUUAUUCAUUUACAUAAGCUGGGACAUCUGUACGCUCAUUGAAAUGUUCUGAAUGACUCGGGCUACUAGAGUGCAGCUGGUUUUAUUUUCCCAGUGAAUACACUACUACUUUUUCCAUUCUUUGAUUUUGUUUAAAUAUCACUGUUAAGUUUGAAACUUCAGUUUAACCGACUGCAACUCCUUAACUUGGAUAUUGAGAAUCAAAAUGCGGACCUUUGGGGCCUGUGGGGAGGGUGCGAACGCACCCCGUGCACCCCCCCCUGCUUACGGGCCUGAACUUAUGCGUAGCCAGGUUUUGUUUCAAGUAUUUAAUGGUACCGUACGCGAAUCCCUCUGACGCAACUACUUUUCCAAAUACGGGAAGUCUCCCGAUCAAAUUAAAUCAUUUUUAUGGUUGGAAUCUGCUGUGAGCAAGAUCACCGCAGAGGUGGUGACUGCGACCACCUUUCGAGGAUAUUUAUGAAAUAGUGGUACCUUUUCCAUUUUAUUCAAACCUCAAUUAAGCCGCAUAAGCCGUCACUUGACCUGCGGUCUAAUCCUCAUCAGGUGUAGUUUCAAUACGAUCCGCUCAAUACGGACAGUCCGUUAACUAGGAGACUUGCUAUUGGCCUCUCGAUGUCCGUUUUGACGAGAUUUCACUGUUGCUUUGAAGAGUGAGAUGUAUGAGAUCUGUUUCCGAUUCAGAUCGAUCAUCCUUGUCGUGCAACUCUAUGUUAGGCGCCGUAUGACCAUACCUUGCAUUUGGGUGUGGUCGUUUAAAUUACGGAAGCUAACGAAAAUUACGGCUACACGAGACGAGAUAUGUGAGAACGCACGGGUUCUAUACGGCUCUGUCCUGUCAAUUUUCUCGUCCAUGCUUCAAGUUUAUGUUUUUGUCUCCAUUAGGAUUACCGAAUGUUCCCAUGACGCAACGUAACCUGCCAGCUUCAUUCUGGAAUCUACCAUCAAGAGACCAGACUCCACCACCACCUACGAGUUACCCGUGUCAUAGCAACUCAUCAUGUUUGUUCCAGCAAAGCGCGUCAAAUGGGCCAACUUAUUAUAGUACUGGCUACCACGUCACCAAUAACGCUUCACACGUCAGCCUUGGGCGAACAGCAACGAAUGCUGAUGAUACGUAUGCAUUUUCCGUCUCCUGUGCUCAGCUCGCCGCAGAGGUGGUGGAAAGUGUUCCGCCAAGGUACCUCCAACAAGGUCCUCAGCCGUUAUCUGACCCUUCAGGGCCUCUUUUAACACAAGAAACGGAUGUUGAUUGUAAUGAAAUGCAAACUUCGUUUAGGUUCAAUCCUAGCUACAAUGACCUUCUCAUACAACCCGAGGUGAAACCACAACUGCCACUUGUACCCGGUGAGCCAGCGAGAUGA